AUGAAAAACUGGCUAGAUAUAUGCAAACGAAAUCACAAACGCUGUCCUACCAUUCAAAUUCAUCCCUUACCCACUCGAGUCAUUGAUGUUGGAUCGGCGUCAAAGGCUCCUCGUCUGGUGGUGGAAAAUGGAAAACCUGCGAUGUGGGUUGCUUUGAGUCACUGCUGGGGGACUGCCCAGCCGCUCAUAACAGAAACGAGCAAUGUAGAGAACCAUUGCCGAGAAAUCGCACUCUCGAAAAUGCCACGGACAUUCAGGGACGCAAUUUUUGUUACCCGAGCCUUGGGCAUACGAUAUAUCUGGAUUGACUCCCUCUGCAUUCUGCAAGACUCCAAGAAAGAUUGGUUGAGCGAGUCUGCUAGGAUGGAAGAUGUAUACCGGAAUGCUGUUCUGACCAUUUCUGCCGAUGCUGCACCCAAUAGCUCCACUGGUUUGGUUCACUUCUCACCGAAAGACGAAUAUCCUGACCAUAUUAUUGCAACCACUACUUGCUACAGUUCUCGUCAUGGGGUUUGCGGCAAAAUAUAUUUUAGAGGCAUUCAACAUAAGCUGCCUGAACAAGCUCGAGGUCCGCUAAGUAGCCGGGGCUGGACGUUGCAAGAGGAAAUUCUGAGCCCUAGGAUAUUGCACUUCACCCAGCAGUCUACUUUCUGGAGAUGUGUUGAAGGGCGGACCGAUGAGGGGUGUCUGCUCUCUGAAAGCCCGCACUUUGAAAACUGGUUCAACGCGAUCUACCCCGACAACGGACUGGACUCUUACCAUAGAGCAACUAACCCCCUACCUAGGGGUUGUUGGUUCCAGCGAUCAUAUUCCUACAACAAUAUCAUGGAAUACUGGUAUUUUUCGGUUCUAGAUCCUUAUAUCUCUCGAAGGCUGACAUAUGAGACCGACAAGUUUAUUGCAAUUGGGGGCAUCGCGAGGGUCCUGCAGCCUCAUAUUGACAGCAAGUAUAAGGCGGGACUGUGGGUAGACGACAUACAUAGAGGACUUCUCUGGAUCCCAAACGAGGAAGGGCACACGCAAGGUGCUACAAGAUACGAGCAUUUCGUGGCUCCAUCUUGGAGUUGGGCGAGUCUC